AUGGUUCCUGCGUCUCUCCCGUCAGGCUCUGAUGUCAGCCAACCCAAGGACUUUACUCGCGUGCUGCCAUUCCAGCUCUCCAUGGCCAUCCUGGGGCUUUUGGAUCACAAAUCCCUGGAUGCCUGCUCUGCUGUGAACGGUCACUGGGAGUUCCUGGUCAGGCGGCUCCAGGAGGACAAGGAGUGUUGGAGCACAGUACACAAGAACCUCCUGCAGCUGCAGGAGUUGUGUCCUAGAAAAACCAUGCCAAACUAUGCUAAAAGAGUCGACGUGCAAAUUCCCCAGUUAGAUGAUGAGGGUGAGGUCAUUGAAGUGAAGGACAAGGAGCAGAAGAAGAGGCGUAAAUCCAAGACAGAGGAUUUCGGUCUGCAUGAAGCCUAUCAGGAACUGAAAACUCAAAAGAUCGAGCUGGAAGAGAGGAAUGUCUUCUGUGGCCCCUACAAGACCUGUGUCCUCAUGGAGCAGUCUGACAGCAGAAGGAGAGCCCAUUACAGUGGUGGGGACCGGGUGGCCGCUGCCAGCAGGAGGGUGAGGCUGCUCCGUGUGCCAGGAGGGAAGCAGGAGCCGCUGCUGCUGCGCGGCCACGCCGGGCCCGUCACAGCUCUGUGCCUCCGCGAGGACAAGGGGCUCCUGCUCAGCAGCACCAGCCUGGAGCCCAGCAUCAGGUGCUGGAACAUUCACAGUGGUGCCUGUGUGAGGACCUUGACGGGUCACUACGCGGCCAUCACCUGCCUGCACUCCCACCAGGAGCAGCUGGUGUCGGGAGCUGGGGAUGGCAUGGUGAAAGUGUGGAGCCUGAAGAGUGGGAAGUGUCUGAGGACUCUGAUGCACAGCAGCCCUGUGGGGGCAGUGAGGAUGGACGGGACCCACGUGGUCAGUGGGGGUCACCGAGGGCUGGUGAAGGUCUGGAGUGCUGAGACAGGGGUUCUGAUCAAGACAUUAGAGAGGCACCAAGGCCCAGUUCUCUGCUUGUCCUUUGACCAGUGGCACCUUGUCACAGGGAGCAGUGAUGGAUAUGCCCUGGGAUGGAGCAUGUUGGGAAAAUUUAGGAGAUGCCUGAUAGCUUUCUUCCACCCCAAGGAAGUCCUGUCCCUGGAGUUCCUGUACCUCAGAGUCAUCAGUGGCUGUGCUGAUGGAUGCAUUCGGAUAUUCAACUUCCUGACUGGCUCCUGCCUCAAAGUGUUGGAGCCCACCGGCAGCGGGGACCCCGUGUCUGCUCUCUUUGUUGCAGGAAACAGGCUGGUGACCAACUCCCCCAGCAGACUGCUGCUGCUGCAGUUCGAGGAUGUGCUGUGGGACUAUUCCCUGCCUGCUGACAGAGAGGUGCUGAAGCAGGACAGGAGGUCUCAGAAGGGGAAGCGCCAGGGUGCCGGUGCAGAGCAGCAGCGAGCUCAGGACAAGUCCCCGAGAUCUCGCCAGGGACCAAAGAGCCAUGGAAGACCCAAAAGUGAUGAAGCUGAACAGGGCCCUGCUUCCCCUGCACCUGAGGAGGCAGAGGCCACUCCGGAGUGUGAGCUGCCCCAGAGAGACCCAAGGAGUCCCCUGUCCCCUGACAAGUUCCUCUUAACCAUCGGCAGGCUGCAGAGCUUCUGCAAGCCAGCCGCAGCCAGCCGCAGCCCCAGCCUGCUGUCUGCCAAAGGCAGGGCAGCCCAGCAGCAGCGCCCUGGGGAGGGCAGCACGGCCCUGCAGCACCGCGAGGAGCGGGCAGCGCAGCUCCAGCGCGCCAGGCUGCACAGCCGCUCUCUGACCGCCACAAAAAUCUCAACGCCCUUUGGAAGCAAAACGCUGCGGCUCAGGCUGGAGAGCUCUUUGCACAGCCCCGCUCUGAAAUCCUCCAUCCCCGCUGCCCGUGUUGUAAGUCCCAAGUUUUGUGGCUCGCUGGGAGAAAGGAAAACUCCCGGUGGCCAUGGGAAAGACACUCCUGGUCCCACACACUGGGAUCAGCUCAUCGAUCUCUGCACAGCUUCUUCAGAGCUGAUCCAAGCAACGCCUGGCACGGCUGCAGAGAUGAGGAAUGGAGCUGCCAGGAGAAUAAAGCCCUCGUGUCCCGUCGCUUCCCGCAGGGACAGUGGGCUCAGGCUCCUGACAGCAGAGCAGGAGGUGCGUGAGGCAGCCCUGGCAGCUCAGCAUCAGGCACAGCAGGCAAAGCCCACGGAAGAUAAAGACAGAGCCAGAAGGAAAGCCUGGCUGAGGAAAAUGAAAGGCCUACCUGUGGAUUAUUUUACUGGGGAGAGGAAAACACCUGCUCCAGAACUUGGGCACAACACGUUUAUCUGA